CCAACAAGCACUUUUAGUAGAUUGCUGGUGCACUUCACCGACAUCAGUGGUCAUCAUUUCGAUUGGAUCUGUCUCCUGAAUGAGUUGGUGGCUGCUGCGAGCAGUGUUUCCAGUACACUAAUGCUACUAUCAAGCACUCUCCAUCGGCAGUGAGAGCACCAGAGUGAGGGCCGGCCCUCAUUAUGGGAAGUAGCUCAUCUAGAAGUGUUAGCAUUUAGGGGGUUGCUUUUGCGUUGAUGGGAGGCUACGGUGAAGUGGAAAGGUAUACUUUGGUGCAUGUAUUAUCACUGGCUGCUCAUUGGCACUUAGGCUGCACUCUAGGGCAAAUGGAUAGAUGUUUUUCUCCUCAUUCAGUCAAGACCUCUGUCUCUCGGGAUAUUUGACUCAACAGGAAUUUGGAUUAAAGUCUUCAAUCAUCUGAACUCAGAUGGAGGAAGAACAUGUGGAGGGACUGGAAAAAUCUUCUCUGGCCAACUGCGAUGUGGUAGGUGGAGGUUCCCAGACCUCUCAGCUAAAAGGGAAGGGGAAACUGUCAUCUUUAGGCAAAAUUUUCAAACCUUGGAAGUGGCGGAAGAAAAGAACCAGCGAUAAGUUUCAGGAUCUCUCCAAAGUUUUAGAGAGGAAAAUCUCCACCAGACAAACCCGUGAGGAACUCAUCAAGAAAGGGGUUCUUAUUCCAGACCAAGAGGAUGCAGUGAGCACAGAGACUCUAAACGGACAUGCAGUUCCCAGUGGAGUUACAGAAGAGGUCAAAGUGGACAUUGAGUCCCCAGAAACUCCCGCUGAGGAGAAGACUGUGAUUAGGCCAGAGGCUGAUGACACAGAAGAGUGCUCUGGUUCCAUCUCUGCUCCUGUACAAAAGAAAGAAAAUACAUGCGGCGCACAGGCCAGCGCGUCUGGAGCUCAGAGACCUGCUGCUAAAAAACAACAGGCCGCAUCAAGCAAGGCUUCGAGCGGGUCAGCAGGUGCAGUGGUUCGGAAGGAUGCCAAGACAGGGGUUAAAAAAGUACAGAAGGGCACUAGUAAACAGGCUUCUGCUCCUCCACCCAAACAAAAUACACGCACCACAGCUCGUGGGAACGCUAAAUCACCUACGCCUAAGAAAACUGCUGGGUCAGCUAAGAGUUCCUCUCAGGCCUCCUCAACCCCCAGUGUGAAGAACAUCAAAGAUGGAACCUCUGAACUGACUCCAGCAGAGAGCAAGACUGGAAAGAAAUCCAGAUCACCUCAACCCCGUCCCAAAGCCACGGCUGGGCCUGAAAACCCAGCCGAGGGCAACUCGUGCGCUAAAGACCAAAGACAUAGCCGUUUUGCCUCCGGUGCUGAUGGGAAGGCCAUUAAGGACACGUCUCAGGUCGGAGGAGAUACUAAGAAUCACUCAGAAUCGCCCGAGAAAACUCAACUGCACUUAAACAAUGCUACAGAAGAGACAUCAUUUACACAAAGCCCACUUUCCUCAGACACACCAGGAGAGAAUCAGAGCCUUGAUAAAGUAAGCGAGGGCAUCAGGACUGGAGCAGAUAAAGACAAACAAACUGAAGGAAGCAGGAAACCGCAGGUUGUCAAUGUGGAAAGUCCAGAAGUGUCCGUUAUCCCAAAUGCCGUUAGAGAGACGGCGGCUAGUGACUCAGACUCAGACGGGCCCAUACUCUAUAAAGACGAAGAUGAGGAGGAUGAAGAGGACGAGUACACCUCCAGCUCCCUUGCCAGUAAAAUCCGCCGCAGAGACACGCUUGCCAUCAAACUCGGCAACAGGCCCAGCAAGAAAGAGCUGGAAGAGAAGAAUAUCCUUCCAAGGACGUCAGAGACAGAGAGACAGGAACAGCGGCAGCUGAUAGGCUGUAAAUUAGUGAGACGACUUAGCCAGAGGCCCACCACUGAAGAGCUGGAGCAGAGGAACAUCCUGAAACAGAAGAACGAGGAAGAGGAGCAAGAAGCCAAGCAAGAAAUUAAAAGACGGCUUUCUCGGAAGCUGAGUGUCCGGCCCACGGUUGCUGAGUUAGUAGCAAGGAGGAUCCUGCGUUUUAACGAGUAUGUUGAGGUAACUGAAGCAAAAGACUACGAUCGGCGUGCUGACAAGCCCUGGACCAGACUGACGCCUGCAGACAAAGCUGCUAUACGCAAGGAGCUUAACGAAUUUAAAAGCAAAGAGAUGGAAGUUCACGAAGAGAGCAAACAAUUUACCAGGUUCCAUCGUCCCUGAGAGAGAGGCUGGAUUGGUGCCCACUCACACACACACACACACACACACACACACAAACACCUCUCUCUCUCUCUCUCUCUCUCUCUCUCUCUCUCUCUCUCUCUCUCUCUCUCUCUCUCUCUCUCUCUCUCUCUCUCUCUCUCUCUCUCUCUCUCUCUCUCGUCCGGGUUCCUUCACCUCAUUUUCCAAUGCAGGGCCAACAGUCAAACUCCACGUCACACACUGACACAUUCCGGUCAUUGUGUCUCUAAACAUCAUCUAAUACAUGGGUGAACCAGAGGACAGCUAAAACACCAGUGAGAGAGACGUCUGUGCAAGAACAAACACGAACAGGUGCCUUGCUCUGUCCCUGGCUUUGUUUGCACACACUAAGGACAAGAUAUUUUUUUUUCUCCUUUGUUUUUGUUUUUUAAAUGAAGGUUUCCCAGUAUGCCUCAGGACAUACAGUGACACACACUUCUUGACACCAUCAUUUUGUGCUGAGGACAUGGAUUUUUUAUUUUUUUUUGGAACAUGACUGAUUUUAUAACAGUGUUACAGUGUGGAGACCCAUAUUAAUUGUUAAUAUUCUUGCAUGUGAAAAAUCAUUUUAAAAAUCAUAGUCACCCAUUGAACUUGUACCAUUUCUAUAAAAAACAUCAAACAGGAAGUCUUUUACAAAAUUACAAAUGGUUAUUAUUAUUAUUAUUAUUAUUAUUAUUAUUAUUAUUAUUAUUAUUAUUAUUAACGGUAGCAGCUCAGAUUUGAUUUGUGCCUUUUCUUAUUGCAUCCGUUUCGGGUAUUAGCUCCAUUUGAGCAUAUGUGGUGCAGAUGGUCUUUAGUUUUCAUAGUGUGACAGUCUUAUGAUUGCUAUCUUCUUCUUUGAUUUGGCCUUCGGCAAAACAGACUGUACGUCUGAAUGCUGUAUUAACUACAACAGGGUUGAAUCAUCACUCUAUUAUUGCACUUCUACUAUGGGAAAUGCUCGACCAUUCAACAUGCUGGGUUUACACAGUAGUCACAUUUUUGUAUAUGUAUUUGUUUUGGGUUUUUUAUUUCUAUUUUUUUAUAGCAUUCCCUAGGAUUUCUCCACAAAUGGAGCCUCAUCUCAUCAUCUCACUUCUGCCCCACCUCCUUCUUGUUGCAUCCAACCGGGUGGAAAAACUCCAGAUCUGUUUUGCUGCUGUGAGGAUAGCCAUGUUGCGUUGUAUUGUAAUAUGCUGUGGGAUCAAACUUUUUACGUUAUACUGUUGUAAGAUGAUGUUAUCACAAAUGUACAUGUACAAGAGGCCGGGAGUGCUAUUUUGUCAUUGCAAACAGGUAUCAUAGAGAAAUAUUUAAAUUAUUUUUAAUCAGUUGUUGUACAGAAUGUGCAUAUAAUACAUGUGAAUACAUCCAUUAUGCUGGAAA